AUGGGCAAGCGCACCAAGAAGUCCCCAAAGCAGAAGCGGAAGCUUGCCAUGGCUGAUCGCCCGCGCAAGCUUACUAGCAAGGGCAAGAUCAAGCACAAGCGCGGGGACCUGAAGAUGAUGAGCUCUCGCAACGUUAGCUUUGCGGUGAGACAAGGUAAAGGUGGCAAGUGGGUCAAAACAGGGGAGCGCAAGUGCAACAUUCACAUUGUGUGCGACUGUGUCAAGCGAACGGAUCCGGCCCGGAUGCGCUACAUUACAAACCGCUAA